AAUUUCAGCGAAAUCGUUAGAGCCGUUUUCGAGAUCACAGAAAUAUAUAUAUAUAUAUAUAAGAAUUGCUCGUUUAAAGGUAUAAGAUAAUAAAUAGGGAUGUCUGCACCUUUGCCACCUAUGGCUACAGACGGAAGGUUGGAAGGAAAUGGGUAUUUGGAUAAUCACUGCUAGUAACACUAUCCGCAAAAACGUCGAAGUCGAACAGAUAGUAGCUGAGCCAAAUAUCAUGGGUGUCACAAAGGCGCAAAGGCUGCGGUGGCUCGGUCAUGCCGAUCGGGCGGUGAAAAGAGCGUUUGAGGGAAAACCGACAGCACGCCGCCCGGCCGGUCGACCUAGGUAUCGAUGGGCGGAUGUGGUGGACACGGAUCUGCGCGAGCUCCAGGUUGAAGACUGGCGACAAACUGCACAGGACCGGGAUCAGUGGCGAGCAGUCGUGUUGGAGGCCAAGACACACUUUGGGUCGCUGCGUCAGAGAAAUUCAAACCAGUCAGUCACACAGGAGACCAAACGGGACACCAUACACCAAUCAGAAGAGACACACCCUGGCGAUAUUGGCGACCGACAAACCGACAGAAACGAAGACGAAUAUAACUGUGAUACCUGCGGCAAAACAUUCCAACAAAAACAGGACUUAAUUCAGCACAUCAAAAAAGCCGCUAGUGAAUGUAUACCUAUAGAAAACUAUAUAUAUUCAGAAAUCAAACAGAAAAAACAACAUACAGGAAACAAGGCAUUUUGGUGCGAAAUAUGCGAGAAACAAUUUCGAGAUUCCAGCGACAUUGCGAGGCAUAGGCGAAUCCACACUGGUGAAAAACCGUAUGCGUGCGAUGUGUGCAAAAAACAAUUUGCACAGCUAAGUGUUUUGAGCAGACAUAAACGAAUUCAUACAAAUGAAAAACCCUUUCAGUGUGACGAUUGUGAGAGACAGUUUAGGACUUCAAGUGACUUAGGUAAGCAUAGAAGAAUCCAUGUGGGUGCCAAAAAAUUAAGUUGCAAGAAUUGUAAAAAAGAAUUUUGGGAUGUGAAAAGUUUGGCUAUCCAUAGACGUACACAUGAGGGCAAAAUGCCAUACUCCUGUGAAGUAUGUAAAAAACAGUUUGCAGUGUUGAAAUAUUUGAAGAAACAUGAAAAACGAAUCCAUAGCUGACGGCGCAUGAUCAUGUAAAGUUAAAAUCAUUUUUGCAGUUUCGAGAUCAAAAAGAAAAAUAAAAGAAGAAGUUAAAAGUUUUCAUUAUAGUUCAAAGUUCGACUUGUGCUUUCAAAAGGACUUAGGGACUUUGGAUAAUGCUGUUAUCUUUAAUUUGUGCUUGACAUUUUUUUUUACACAUUCGAUAUCGCUGCAGAGGAUUUUCGCCAUUAUAAACAAUAACAUUAGUUUUCAAUUAAGUAGUGUAUUUAUAAAUAGAAAAAAAUAACUGAUUUGAUAUUGGUCCAUAGUUCUGAAUAAAACAAGACCGAUAAUCGAAGAUAUUUCUAAAAAAAUAUUUGUCUGUCGCGAGUUUUAAUUAGUGUCUAACUAUGUAACAAAGCAAUUUUUUGUCAUCUAGUUUAAUAUUUUUUAAUUACAUGUUAUAAAAAGA